CGACAAUUGCAAGGUUGAUCAUCAAUAACGUCAAGGCGUCUAUCCUUUGCCGACCAGAGAGUACCCUUUCUCCAAACGCAGAUACGACAGUCGACACCACGAUGAUCCGCGGCAUCGGAACCCAGAUCGUUAAUGUCCCCAAGUUAGCAGCCCGGCUAACCAGCGUUCUGCCAUCCUCAACCGAGAAAUAUCUCCACCCAAAGGAGCGAGCACAACUAAUGGAAGUACGCCCAAAUGGCGGAGAACUGAAGUUCCUCGCAACACACUGGGCUGCUAAACAAGCUUGCUGGAAGGCUUUCGGGAGUCAGAAAGGGCUGGGGUUAGAUCAGAUUGAGAUGUUGCAUCGUGAGGACGGGGGGCCUGUGUUGAGGAUUCAUGGUGCACGCAGGGUUGAGGAGGAGGGGAAUGUGGUGGAGGCAGAGAAGAUGGAUACGCCAGAAGAAGCCAGCGUGACGAUCUCGCAUGAUGGCGAUUAUGUUGUUGCGUUCGUCAUGCGGCAAGCACCAUUUAACACAUCACUGGCUACAUCCACGGCACAAUCAUUGACAAGAAGAAGAGCUAUGGCAGACGCUCGUGCUGCGCUAAAGACCUCCCCACCACAUAUCGCACCUGUAACAGGGCGCCGUCAGCAUUCCACUUGUUCCUCCUCCGAAAAACCAAAGAAACCAGCAGCCCGAGGAUUCCUCCGAGAACUCAUCAACAUCACAGUAUCUACUCACGAGGAUACCCGCCCCAUCUCUACGGGUCCCGAACUUGGCAAGCUAGGAAACGCCACUGCCUUCAAGGGCAAAACGAUCAUGGUCAACAUCGAUGGAGAGACUGUCGGGUAUGACAACGUCUGGCUCCGGGACGCAUGUCCCUGCCCACGUUGCGUCGAUCCAAGUACACGUCAAAAGACUUUCGAAACAUCCGACGUCCCGGAAACGAUCAGACCCCGCGCACUCCGAAUCUCACCCAAGAAGAACGGGUUAGAGGUCAUCUGGGACCAGAGCCUCCGAUCCCAGCCAGACAAGGACAUACAUAACUCUUUCUACCCAUACGACCUUCUCAAGCAAUAUUCCUCACCUGCGGAGACGGCGGCGGCGAGGCAUAACUCGGAAUCACCUGUGUUGUGGGAUAAGGCCAUGAUGGAGGAUGCGGUGUUGUGGGUCGAGUACAAGGAUUAUAUGAAUAAUGAUCAAGCGCUCUUCACCGUAUUGAAACAGUUGCAGGAGUAUGGACUAGCCUUUAUCCGUGGUAUGGGAACAGACGACGAAGCAAAACUCAUCGAGCGCGCCGCAGAACGCAUCGGCGAACUCAAACAAACCUUCUACGGCCGCACCUGGAACGUCAAAUCCAUCCCAAACUCAAAGAACGUCGCAUACACCUCCCUCAACCUGGGUCUCCACAUGGACCUUCUCUACUUCGAGUCACCACCUGGUCUCCAGUUCUUGCAUUGUUUGCGAAACUCGGUAACGGGUGGUUCGAGUUAUUUUGUGGAUUCGUUCCGUGCUGCGCAUGCGUUGAGGAUGGAUAACCCCAUGGCGUUCGGUGCGUUGACGAAGACGCCGGUUACGUUUCACUACAAGAAUGAUGGUCGUCACUUUCACUACACGCGUCCCACGAUCGUUUUGGACCCGUACGCCGUCGGUCCUGACCCAGUCAUCGACCACGUCAAUUACUCCCCGCCCUUCCAGGCUCCCUUCGAGAACAUCAAUUGGAAUUUCCGCGGGUUCCAUAGCGCACUACGGAGUUUCGCGGAUUACAUGGCGAGGCCGGAGCAGGUUUAUGAGAUGACGCUGAAGGAGGGUGAGUGUGUGGUGUUCCAGAACAGGAGGGUGUUGCAUGCUAGGAGAGAGUUCGAUGCGGCGAGUGGGCAGAGGUGGUUGAAGGGGGCUUAUGUGGAUAUUGAUGCUUUUCGGGAUAAGUAUCGGGUGUUAUCUGAGAAGUUUACGUAGGCGAUGACAACAGCGACAUUUUAGGCACCGGAAAUCACUUUCAUAGAGAAGAGAAUAACGAUACACCCAACUCCCAAUAGACCAAUACGCCGCCAAGUUUCAAUGCAGAAUCCAACA